AUGAUAGGAGGUAAAUCCAAUGCCAAAGCUAAUAACAUGCUCGGCGUGAAGAAGAAAGCUCUCGAGACUAAAGAAGCGAAAAAGGCUGCCAAGGAUCCUGAAAAACCUAAGAGCCCUAGGCCUGCAGGUGCUUUCUUCAUUUUUAUGAAGGAUUUUAGGAAGCAGUUCAAGGAGAAGAAUCCGAAAAAUAAAUCUAUGGCCGCUGUCGGUAUAGCUGGUGGAGAGAAGUGGAAACAGUUGUCAGAUGCUGAAAAAGCUCCUUACAUGGCAGAGGCAAAGAAAUGGCUGGCGGAUUACUAUAAGAAGAAGGGUGCUUAUAACGAGGGAGUAGCUGCUGGAGCUUUUGAAGAAAAGGAAUCUUACAAGUCACUGUUCGAGGUUGAUUAG